AUGUGGACGUGGUGGCUUCCUUCUCUGUAUUUUCGCAUGCACGAGGACUUCUUGAAGGAAGACAUCGAAGGUCGAAGCUUCCAGCAGUACCUCACUUACCACUUCAACUACUGGACGACCUCAGGUGGCAUUGGCGCGAUGUUCAAGCUGCUGGGAAUUGGAAUUCUCACGCUUCUGACGAUCGGCGCUUUCAUCUACGCGAUCCUCAUGCAGGACUCCCCCGUGCGCGGGCUCUGGCUCUGCACCGUCUGGGCCUCCGCUGCCUCAGUGGACCCGGCAGUGACGGCCAUGGAAGGUGGAGUCGGCAUGCUCCUGACCUUCGGAGGGCUGGUGCUCCUGGCAGUUCUGCUCACAACCAUCUCCGAUUUCUUCGCUGCACAGCAGAAGAAGUCCAACGAGGGCCGCGAUCCCAUCGUGGAGGGAGGGCACCUUGUCCUGCUGGGCCUGUCCUCUCAGACGAAGGACUUCUUGGAGGAGUUGGCCAUCUGUGAGGCGAACUCUGCACCAAAGACGAUUGCAAUCCUGGGCACGAUGCCGAAGUCUGAGAUCGAAGAAGAGAUCAAGCGGCAAAACACCAAUACCGGAGACCUCAAGAUCGUCUGCCGUGGCGGGCUGCCUUCGUCGGCUGAGGACCUCUGGAAAGUGGGCGCGGACGUCUGCAGCAGGAUCGUGAUCUUAGAUGAGCCAUCUUUGCCUCGGGACGAGGCGGAUUCCAUCGCCUUUGGCACCCUGCUCACAUUGCGAGGUCAGGGCAAGACGGGCUGGCCGAACAACGGCCACAUCUCGGUCCAGUGCUGCCUGGGAAAGAAUGUGGGCUUUAUGAACGAGCUCUACCCAGGGAAGACCUUCGUCCUGAGCGGCGAACGCCUCGGUCGGCUGAUGGUGCAAAGCGCCCGGGAUCAGGGCCUCUGCCCCAUCUUCAAUGCCAUCAUUGGCUUUGAGGGUGACGAGUUCUAUGCUGCAAAAGCCUUGGACAUAGGUGUGGUGGGCAGGACUUUCCAGGAGGUGCCCUUCUGGUGUGAGAAAACGGUGCCGAUCGGUAUCCGAGAUGCUUCAGGUGCUUACAUCAUCAACCCGGAGAAAUCCUACAAAGUGAAGAUGGACGAUGAGGUGAUCGUCCUGGCCGAGGAUGACGAUGCCAUCCAGCGCAUGUCGGAGCCAAUGAUGGAUUUCCAGGCCUGGCGAAAUAAGUACGGGGCUUCCACUUUUGUGGAGGCGGACCCAAACGACAAUGAGAAAGUGCAGGUUUUGAUCUGCAACUUCACCGAACGAGGAUACGGCUGUGCCAUCCUGUUCGCUUUGGACGAGUGCUUCGGCGCAGCAUCGGUUUGUGACAUCUUCUGCUCGCUGGCGGACGAAGAUGCCAGGGCCAUCGUGAGCAACGCCGAAGAGGAGCAGGACCGCACGCUCAAGAACAUCGAGGUGAGGCGAAUCUACACCACGGCCCAGCACCAGAUGACCGCGCAGCACAAGCUCAACAUGAUGGACUACGACUUCCACUUCAUCCUGGCUGACAGCGCCCUUGGCUUUCAGAAGGCCGACGAGCAGACGGUGGCCAUCAUCCUGCAGAUGAAGAUGCUCCUGAAGGCCCGCGCGCCCGACCUGGAGUUCAACCCGCUCGUCGAGAUCUGCACCCGUAACGCCCACGAGCAACUGGGGCUUCUCGGGAUCGAGAACACCAUCAACACCAUCUCCAUGAUGUCACGCGCAAUGGCCCUCGUAGCCAUCGACACCCUGGCUCACGGUGUGCUUUCUGACUUGCUUUCGGCCACGGGCAACAACAUGGACAUCAUGACCCUGGGAGACUAUCUCGGCCAACAGCGGCUGCCAUCGCAGAUAUCUUUCGCAGAGAUCACGGCCAUGGUGAACCGCGCUGCCCAGCAGGUUGUAAUUGGCUGGUCGGAGAGAGACAGCGACGGCAACAAGGUGUGGGUGGUGAACCCCAAGGAGAAGCUGCAGCCGCGGGUUUGGACCGCGGAGGAUCGCAUCGUGGUGAUCAAGGCGGACGAGGGAAGUGGAGCCGUGUUCCAGGUGGUUCCUUUCCUUACCAUCUGCUGA